AUGGCCAAGUACACGAGCCCCCCGCAGGCCCCACCCACCUUCAUUGGGACCAAGGACGACAUCGUGUCCGACACCAAGGCCCUGUGCGAGAAGACCCGCUCCGUGCUGGACAAAUUGGUCGCCGAGAUCUCUGCUGGGGAUGCCGCCAAGACCACUUUUGAAAAUGUCAUCUUGCCGCAGAUCUAUGAGGAGAAUCAGUCGGCCCUUAGCAGCCGGGUGUUGGGGUUCUAUCAGUAUGUCUCGAGCGAUGAGGAGCUCCGGAAUGCGAGCACAGAGGCAGAGACGAUCCUUGAUGAGUUCUCAAUCGAGAUGGGCAUGAGAGAGGAUGUGUUCAAGAUCGUGGACGCUGUCUUCCAGAAGAAGGACACGCUGAACCUUGACCCAGAGAGCUUGCGUCUGCUCGAGAAGGAGAGGAAGAGCUACAUCCGGAACGGCCUUUCCCUGCCCGAGGGCCCAAAGAGAGACCGCUUCAAAGAGAUCAAGAAGAGGCUCUCGCAGAUCCAGAUCGAGUUCCAGAAGAACCUAAAUGAGGAAAAGGGCGGCCUCUAUUUCACCAAGGAAGAGCUGGACGGCGUGCCUGAGGACCUGGUGGAAACCUGGGACAAGGGAACCGACGAGAACGAGGGCAAGCUUCGUGUCAGCUUCAAAUACCCAGACCUCUUCCCCACGAUGAAGUUCGCCAAAAAUGCCGAGACGAGACGCAAGGUAUUCAUCGAAAACGAGAAUAAGUGCAAUCAGAACGCGGCCUUGUUCAAGGAGGCCAUUGUCCUGCGAGACGAGGCUGCUCGCCUCCUCGGCUACCCUGAUCAUGCCUCCUUCAGACUCGAGGACAAGAUGGCCAAGACGUCCAAGGUCGUCAACGACUUCCUGGGCGAUCUGCGGCAGCGCCUGGUAGCAGGCGGGGAGAAGGAGAAGAAACACCUCCUGGAGAUCAAGAAGGCCGACCUCGAGGCUCGUGGUGAGCCCUUUGACGGCAAAUACUACCUGUGGGAUGCCCGCUUCUACGACCGCAUCAUGAUCGAGAAGGAAUACAACAUCGACGAGAACAAGAUCGCCGAUUAUUUCCCCCUUCAGCAGACAGUGUCGGGGAUGCUGAAUAUCUUUGAGAAGAUCUUUGGCCUCGUCUUUGUGGAGCUGAAGGCUGAGGACCGGGCCAAGAUUAGUCCCACCGGCAAGGCGGAAGACGUCAUCUGGCACGAGGACGUGAUCAUGUUCUCUGUCUGGGACGACCAGAGCGAGGGGGGCGGCUUCGUUGGCUACCUCUACUUGGACAUGCACCCCCGGCAGGGCAAGUACGGGCAUGCGGCCAACUUCAACAUCCAGCCUGGCUUCCAGAACGCAGAUGGCUCUCGACGGUACCCCGCGACCGCGCUUGUCUGCAACUUCUCGAAGCCUACGCCCAAGAAGCCCAGCCUGCUCAAGCACGACGAGGUGGUCACCCUCUUUCACGAACUUGGCCACGGUAUCCACGACCUCGCGGGCCGCGUCAAGUUCUCUCGCUUCCACGGAACCGCCACAGUCAGGGACUUUGUCGAGGCACCUUCGCAGAUGCUGGAGAACUGGUGCUGGACCCCCAGCCAGAUCACGUCUCUGUCGGGCCAUUACGAGACGGGAGAGAAGAUCCCUGAUGACCUGGUCGAGAAGCUAGUGGCAACCAAGAACGUCAACGGCGCGCUGUUCAACCUGCGACAGCUGCACUUUGGUAUCUUCGACAUGGCUGUCCACAGCCCUAAGAGCCAUGAGGAGGUCAAGAGCCUGGAACCGAGCAAGCUCUACAACGAGCUCAGGACGGAAAUUGUCGGAUUCACAGGACCGGAGGCACAAGGCGAGCCGAGCACCUGGGGUAACGGGCCCGCCACCUUUGGCCACCUCAUAGGGGGAUACGAUGCGGGUUACUAUGGCUACCUUUUCUCGUUGGUCUAUUCCACGGACAUGUUCUACAGCGUAUUCAAGGCGGACCCGAUGAACGAGAAGGAGGGCCGGCGGUACAGGCACACCGUACUGGAGAAGGGCGGCAGCCAGGAGGAGAUGACGACCUUGGAGCAAUUUCUGGGCCGCAAGCCCAACAAUGAGGCAUUCUACAAAGACCUGGGCAUUACUGCCUGAUUUGGGACGCCGGAGAGAGGAAGAAGAAAAAUAUGUCUGUUGAACUUAAGCAGCAUAGCAUCUGAGUUAGCAGAUGGUUGAACAAGGGGGACUUGAAAAAUGAUUAAGAAAGAAAGAAAAGAAAAGAAAAAAAAAGAUGGGAUUCUU